UCUUAUCAAUACUCAUUUCAAAAAUCAAAGGCAAGAUUCAUCUUGAUCAAGCAUCUCUCGCGAUGAAGUGUGUGUGUGUGGUUGCAUUUCUACUGUCCCUCCAAGGUGUCCAAUGCUGGUGGCCCUUCUCCUCGAGCAAUCCAAGGAGUGAGAGCUCUGCUGUGGAGGAGGCAAAACGCCCAAUCACUUUUGAGAUAAACUCAGUUGAACAGAAGUUCUUAGCCGAGGCUCAGCAUUUCCUGGACCUCCCUCAGUUGGACCAGUGUCAGCACGGGGUGAUCUCUCGCCUGAGGGGCUCCUGUGGUUCUCUGCAUGAAGAAGAGCUUGGUAAGCUAGCUGUGGAGCUGCUCAACUGUCAGAGUGUCACUGAGGGCCGCUCCACUUUCCCCUGCACUCAAGCAAUGACACUGGCUGAGUGCACUGGACCCAUGGAUGCUAGUACUUGGAAUGCCUACCACAUCAUCAGCAACAGAGCUCGCAGUGUGUGCCUCGCCACUAGACAAGAACACUUCAAGCGUCAGACGGAGGUGGCAGUCAACCAGCUCUCUGUCUCCACACUACAACAGUUGUCAGCAGUGAAGGAACUUGCCACUAGUCAUCAAGAGAUCAGAGCUCUCACACAAGACUCCCUCCAGAAUGUCCAGAAGGAGCAGAGUGAGUUGGCUGAGAGACAAGAGGUACUAGCUGCUCGACAAGAUAUGGUACGUGGGAAGAUUACUGAUAACCUUGCACAACUGGCACGAGAGAGGACCCUCAUUCGCACUGGUCAGAAACAGCUGGUCAAUAUGACAGACGGCAUUAAGCAGCAACUAGAGGAGGCCAGCUCAUUGCUAUCUAAUCAAGAGAAGAAUCGUCGUCAAGGACAGUCAGAGAUAGUGGAGGACCUCACUCGAGUCAGGGAGAACAUUCAGGAGGUCUGGAGGAGAGUGGAUAACAGCACUGGGCAGCUGCUCACAUUAAUGGAGGAGAUGAGCACCAAGUAUGAGUCAACACUUAACAAUCUCGACAGAAUCAACUCAUCCGUUAACUCUGUGAUGGGUCUCGUGGUUGCUAUGGAGACAACCAUCAGCUCUCAACUUGAUUGGCUGGUUGGUCAGUUGGGUGGAGCUCAGGAUGGACUCCGAAUGCUCAUCCUGUUAUCUACACACGGUGCCUACCUCUUGCUGGCCACUCUGGGUGUGCUGUUUGUCAAGGCCCCAGCAUUUGCUCGAGUGGCUCUAUUAGCACUGGUGUGUGGCAAUGUGUGUAUGGAGAUACAAUAUCGUGUGUCCCUCACCUUCUCUGCACUGGCAGCACUGCAAGCACUCGUCAUCACUGGCAACUGGGUGUACCUGUGGUUGACCUCCAGCAAGCCCUCUACUCCUCAACCAAUGAUGCUCGCUGCUGACCCUAUUAGAUCACUGCCCUCAUCGCCAUGGGAACCCGAGCUAGAGGACUUCAGACGCUCAUCAACACCAUUGCCAUUUGAUGAUGAUGAUCGGAAUAUCGAGACCCUCACACACACGCCCACUAAAACCAUCGUGAUGGACACGCCCACCAAACACACGGACCAUGUGCAACUGAUGCACAAGUGUACUGCUCGAACAAAAACAGGGUCAAAGUGCAGACUAUCCGCCACUCCAGGGGGGUCAAAGUGCAGAAGACAUCUGUAAUGAACUUAUUGAACAUUUUAAUAGACUCUGAAUUUAUUAGUUUGUACAAUUUGUCUUCUUAUUCAUUUGUAACUACCUAAGCUAUGAAUGUAUUGUAGCUCUGAAUUAUCAUUGAAAUGUUGUGUUGAGGGUAA